AUGAUAUUUUUACUAUCACUUAUUUCCCUAGUCUUUUCUUACGACAACCAAAACCCACUUUUCAACUCAGAACCUACAAUUGUGGGUGCCUCCAGCAGCAAACUAAAAGUUCUCUUCUCCAUAGGCCGAACGACUCUUAAGGUUCUUCAAGGCACAUCUCGAUAUGCUGACAUCACACAAAAUCAGACCUAUAAGUUCGCUGACGAUCUCUACUAUGGCUAUACAGUUCUUGACCUCUCUUCUUACUCUCUCAAGUGAAAACUUUAUGAUUUUGCCGGAAGAAAAAGUCAAUGUACAACAGUUUUCACGACGACAGAAGAAAUUAUUCCAUCUCAAGAUGUUUGCGAACAAAAAGGCUGCCCAUUAUCUUUUGUAGGCGACCACUGAUGUGAUGCCCAAUGUCUUUACCCUGAAUGUGGAUUUGACUCAAAAGACUGCGAAGAUAUUGAUCAGUUUAAAUUAUUGAAAUGCGACCCAAUUACAAUAGGAGAUGGGACCUGCAACCAAGAAUGCAAUAAUGAACUAAGCUUUUUUGAUGGAGGAGACUGCAAAACUCCCUGCUCUUUAACCGGAUGCAGCACAAACCAGCUAGGAAACGGCAUCUGUGACCCUGAAUGCAAAAAUAAUGAGUGUAAAAAUGAUUUCGGAGAUUGUGAUUUAUGUGCUGCUGGGUGUACUGGAGAUAUGCUAGGAAAUGGAAAUUGUGACACUGAAUGCAACAUAAAAGAAUGCUCUUACGAUUUUCAUGACUGCGACACAAUUUCAUGCUUUGACACUGGGUGCACUUAUGAUUUACUGGAGAACUCUUAUUGUGAUUCUGUAUGUAACAAUACUCACUGUGAUUAUGAUGCUGGAAGAUGCACUGAAUGUGCAUCAUAUGGCUGCUCUGCAGAAUUUGUCAACGAUACCCAUUGUGAUACUUCAUGCUUCAAUAGUGCAUGCCGAUAUGAUGGCUUAGAUUGUGUGAAAAAGACCUGUAAAUCUAAAGGGUGCAAGCAUGAAUAUAUCCAAGAUGGUAGCUGUGAUGUGGCUUGCUAUCAUGAAGAUUGUGCAUGAGACGGAGGGGAUUGUGAAAAAUAUUAUUGCUCUGAAGGGUGCUUGCCUGAUAUGCUGACAAAUGAUGUUUGUGAUCUCCAAUGCAAUGUAGCUAAGUGUGGCUAUGACAAUAAUGCUUGUCUUAACGAAAAAAUAUUGUGUGCCAGCGAUUGCUUGAAUGAAUGGAUUGGAGAUGGAAUUUGUGAUCCUGCUUGCCUUAAUAAAAACUGUAAUGAUGAUGGAGGUGAUUGUGCAGAAGGCCUUAUGCUAAAAGAUGGAGUUUUAACGAUUAAUGGCAUCACUUACACUGCAAAUACUGAGUGUAUUCGCUCUGGAGCAAAAACACUAUUAAUGUCAUUUAUAAUAGUUCUUUUACUCCCCCCCCCCCUCCGUGAGCGAACAAAAAAAUUUUGUUCGCUCACGGAGGGGGGUUAAUUUUUUUUUUUAAAAAAAAUUUAUAUAUAAAUUUUAAAAAAAUAUUUUUUUCGAAAUUUAAAAAAAAUCCUAAUUUGCAAAAAUUGGGAAGCAAAUAUUAAUUUAAUUUGCAAAAUUUAUGUUUUAAAAGGCAAUUUGUUUUAAAAUUAAACAGAAUUAGCUCUAGAUUUCAUUAUACUAAUUAUCACUUAUAUAUCAAAAUUUUUUUCCCAUUUAAAAUUUUUUUCUAUUAAAAAAAUUUUUGUUCACUCACGGAGGGUGGGGUUUUUGGUCAAAAAAUGGCGAUUUUUCUAAUGGUUUUGUUCGCUCACGGAGGGGGGGGGGGGAGUUAGCAUAA